UCGUAAAUCGAAAAUAUCAUGUUGAAAAUGCAUUUAAUACACCCAACCUACCAAACAUUCCCUCUCUUCUGAUAAGGCUCGAGAAUAGUGGGAGUAGGCAUUGGGGCAUCGACACUUGUUGAUUGUUUAGCAGGCACAGUGUUCUUCAGGAAGAUAUCAAGUUUUAUCUGUACAGUUUGUUUCUUCUUUUCAUUAUAUAUUUCCCUAUAGCAGGCAAGAGCAUCCUGUAUCUGCCUGGUACACAAAAAAGCUGGAGAAACUCAGCGGGUGCAGCAGCAUUUAUGGAGCGAAGGAAAUAGGCAACGUUUCGGGCCGAAACCCUUCUUCAGACAGGCACUCCUGUAUCUGCCUGUCAGUUUUUGCGACUCUCUCGUAAUUGACGUCCAUUUCUUCCAACAUGCGUACGCCACUGCUGAUAGUAGCAAACACCUCCGCCAGUUUCUUUGUUGUGAAUAUUUUCGGUGCCUCGGGUAUAACUUCUUCUUCCUCUGCCUCAGCUUCUUAGUUCCCAAACCAAACUGAGAUGCAACUUGAUAAUAUGCUUUCUAUGGUGCAUCUGUAGAAGAUGGUAAGAGUUAUUGGAGACAUGCCAAAUUUUCUUAUUCUUCUGAGGAAGUAGAAGUGUUAGUGUGCUCUAUUGGCCGUACCUUCAAUGUGGUUGAUCCAGGACAGAUUGCGAGUAAUAUUUAUGUUUAGGAACGUGAAGUUCUCAACUAUUUUUUAAUUUGGCACCAUUACUGCUGAUCGGGGCAUUUACUCCACCCUGGUUACUGGCCGAUAACUAUCUCCUUCGUCUUGCUGACAUUGAGGGAAAGGUUCUUGUUUUGACAUCAUGAUACUGAGCUCUAUAUCUCCUUCCUGUAUCCUGUCUUGUCAUUGCCCGAGAUCCGGCCCAAUACAUCCCUGGCGAUGCAAGGCAGCCACUCUACCGCUGCGCAACUGUGCCACCCCCAUGGUGAUCGCCAUUGAUCCGAAACUCAAAUGAACCAGUCAUAUAAAUAUUGUGGCCACAGGACAGGCCAUAGCUGCAUGCACAAGAAAAUCAUUCCAUCGCAAAAUGCUGACGAACGCAAUGCUGCGCAAAUCAAUUUCUCAGCCUCUCUCUUUCCUCUCUGUACGUUUUUUGGUCCACACUGGGGCUGUUAGUAACUCUCUGUGACAUGGAGCAGGAUCCUUCCCUUCACUCAAGUAGUGGGCGGCGUGGUGACGCAGCGGUAGAGGUUACUGCCUUACAGCGCCAGGGACCCUGGUUCGUUCCUGACUACAGGUGCUGUCUGUACGGAGUUUGUACCUUCUCCCCGUGACCUGCGUGGGUUUUCUCCGGAAUCUUCAGUUUCCUCCCACACUCCAAAGACGUACAGGUCUGUAGCCUAAUUAAUUCGGUAUAAUUGUAAAUUGUCCCUAGUGUGUAGGAUAGUAUCAGUGUACAGGGUGAUCGUGGUCAGUGCGAACUCAGUGGGGCCAAAGGGCCUGUUUCUGUGCUGUAUCACUAAACUAAACCAGUAGGGAAACUUGAUCACCAGCCUUUACAGAGGUAUCCAGCCUCGGAGGAAAACAUAGCAACAAUACACUUACAGGUGAAGGGAUUAGAAUUAGAGCAGAUUAAAGUCAUUAUAUAGCAAAUAAGGAUUUAACUUUAAACAAAAUAACACAUCAAAAGCUGGGAGGACGUUUUGUGAAGUGUGGGUGAGGUCCCAAUAAGGCGCAACAUUUUUAUAAAUGUGAAGCCAUAUAAAAAAUUACACCUUGAUGUGUCACAGCUUUUAAAACAUUUCACAAAUGUUCUUUAGGAAUUCAGUGCCCUUAAUGUGAAACACUUUUUGAAUGAAUAACAACACUUCCUGAUCCUAGGCGCGGAAUAUAUGGUGCAGACCCAUUGGGUGCUCAGUUACACAAGUAGUUAUAGGAUACUCUCACAGAGCCAGUAGGAGGGCUAACCCCCUCAAGUUUAUUUAUUUAUCCAUAUUUUUACACAGAAGGUACUGGGAGGAAUGGUGAAUUUUACCAUUCAUGCCAUUUCUCAAUGCAGAAUUUGGUGCUGGUUGGAAUAUCAGCAUGUUCAAGAAGGAACUGCAGAUGCUGGAAAAUUGAAGGUAGACAAAAGUGCUGGAGAAACUCAGCGGGUGAGGCAGCAUCUAUGGAGCGAAGGAAAUAGGCAACGUUUCGGGCCGAAACCCUUCUUCUUCACCAUGAUGUCGGCUUAACUGGGAGGAAAACUGUGCCUUCUCUUUAUGGUGUGCCAGGUGUUAGGGGUGCUGCCUCAUAGCUCCAGUGACGCAGGUUCAAUGCUGACGUCUGGUGCCAUUUUGAGGAGUUUGUGCAUUCUUCCUGUGGACACAUGGACUUCCCCUGGAUGCUCCCAGUUUCUCUCACAUUGCAAACAGAGAUUAACUGGCCGCUGUAAAUUGCCCCUUAGUGGUGGGCCUCAGGGAAAUAAGAGGGGGAUUAUGACUGGUGGGGAACAGGUCUGAUGGGAUUGCUAUGUUUGUAUACGGAGAUCGCCAGGGAAGGAUCCCUGACCUGCUCCCAUCUCCACAUAUGCUGCCUGACCUGUGGGGUGCUUCCAACACUUUAGAAUAAACUAAAAAAGGAAAGAUAAGAGAGGGACUGUCGAAGAGCCUUUGGUGUGGGAAAUGAGCAGUACAAGAGGCUCUGCUUGUGGUGAAUGGUGCAGCACCUCACUGGUCGGCAUUGGUAGCUUUCACCCUGUAAUUAGAUGAAGAAUGACAGAGCUGCCAGAACAGGAAUAAUUCUGCUCAUUGUUCAGCUCAGUUACUUGAGAUUGGCCCGGACCAGAAUGUGUAUUGGUUGCCAAGGCAAUGUCUUUCCUGGUUUGAUGUUGUACACAGAUCGCAUUAAGCUGUUGGAGGAGCGGGGAUGAAAGUGAAGGAGAAGGCGAGGGAGAAGGAGGUGAAAAGUGUGGCCGAGGAAAAGACUGCGUUAAGUGAUGGACAAGGCCGGGGCCAAGCCUGAGGUUCUCCUGUCCCAGGCAUUCUACAAACGUUGUGUUUAAAGUCCUGCUGGACGCAGGGACGCAGAUCGAGGAGAGGCCGAGGCAGGCUGACUGGUUCGCCUCCUGUCGGGAUGUGGAGUGCCGAUCGCCGGCAGGCCCUGCUGCAGGGCAAGCCCAUCAACCUCCCAGUGGACAAGUCCAACCUGGUCCGUGUGUUCAUCAGCUCCACCUUCACAGAUAUGUGUAUGGAACGCGACACGCUCCUGGACAAAGCCUAUCCCGAGGUACAGGCUUUCUGUCAGAAACUGGGCCUGGUUUUUGAGGUGGUCGACAUGCGUUGGGGAGUUCCGACUGCACUGACAGCUGAUCACACGAGCACAGAGCUGUGCCUGAGGGAGAUUGAGUCCUGCCAGAGGAUAUCGCUGGGACCCACAUUUAUCGCUCUUGUUGGCAGUCGCUAUGGAUACCGACCCAUCCCUCGUGUUAUAGAAGAAAAGGAAUUUGAGGUGCUACUGGCGAAGCACUGCUCGGAUCCCAGCUCCUGUGAACUCCUUCAUGAAUGGUUCUGGAAAGAUGAGAAUGCCGUCCCUCCUGUGUACGUUCAUCAGCCCAUCACCACUCACCUGCCGUACUACAGUGACACCAGCCCAGCCAACCGGGAACGACAUGAGGAGGAGGUGCUCAGCUGGUCCAAGGCAGAGGAACAAAUCGCCACUCUGCUCCGAACAGCAGCCGCCUGGGCAGCAGAAGAGGGCCUCAUCAAAAAAGAUGCAAAGCACAAGUAUUUCAAGUCAAUCACUGAAUGGGAGAUCGACUAUGGGCUCCUGGAAUCAAAGCAAGGAGAUGUGCAUUCCUCCGUCUUCAUCCGGGAUAUCCCCAAUGUCCAGGAUCACUGCGACAGGCAGCAAGUUCACAAGUUUGUUGAUGUCACCAGUGACGGGAGCAUCGACAGAGAGGCUCAGGAUCUUCUCGCGAGCCUGAAGACGAAGAUUGUCGCCAAACACUCAAAGACUCUCCGCGUGCACCGGGUGAGGUGGCCGAGUGGGAUGCUGGACACACGGAGCACGGACCACACCGACUACCUCCAGGACCUGUGCCAGACCUUUAUCCAGGACGUGAAGCAACAGGUUCUCAGGAGGGUUGCUGAUCGGCACGAAGCCCAGGACGAGAUGUGUUGGCUCUUUGAGGAGUUGGCUCAUCACAUGGCCCUCUGCCAAAAGAAACGCAGCAUCUUCUGUGGCCGGGUCGAGCUCCUGAUGAAGAUUUGCCAAAGCAUCGAACUGAAGAACGAAUGCACUCACCCGCCCUUGGUUGUCCAUGGCCCUUCGGGUACUGGGAAGACAGCUGUUAUGUCGAAGCUUGCCGAGGAGGUCAGGAAACACCUGGGUAAUGGGACAGUGGUAGUUACUAGGCUACUGGGCACAUCACCACAGAGCUCCGAAAUUCAUACUGCGCUGAAAAGUAUCUGUUUCCAAGUAUCUCUUGCCUUCAGGCUCAAACCUCCAUUGACGCAUAUUGUUAACUCUUACAAUGAGCUGGUCCAAUUUUUUCACAGACUUCUAAGUGCAGUGUCGAAGAAGAAUAAGGAACCCUUGGUCCUUAUCUUCGAUUCUCUGGACCAACUAUCUUCCAACGAUGGUGCCCACAGGCUCCAUUGGCUGCCGAAGGAAUGUCCACCAAAGGUCCACAUUAUUGUCUCAACCUUACCUGAGGAAUACAACAUAUUAAAUGUCCUGCGAGGAGCCAUACCAAGCCCGGAAUACUUCUUUCAGGUGGAACCACUGUCCUGUGAACAUGGGCAGCAGGUGAUUGCCAUGCUGAUGUCAACAGUGAAGAGAAGGCUCACUGAUCAACAGUAUGAGUUGAUUUUAGACAGCUUCAGGCACUGUGGGCAGCCUCUCAUGCUCAAACUAUGCUUCGACGAAGCCAGGCGGUGGAGUUCGUACGUACUAGAUUCUGAACUCUACGUGGCCAAGGGAACGCGGGAGGCCGUGCGAUUCCUGUACACGCGACUAGAAAAGAAACAUGGCGGGACAUUGGUUUCACACGCUCUGGGAUACAUCGCUUGCUCCAGGAAUGGACUCUCAGAGAAUGAGCUGAAGGAAAUCCUGUCACUGGAUGAUGAGGUUCUUGGUGACAUCUACCAAUAUUGGUCACCCCCAAAUAAGGACAUCAUCCGCCUGCCUCCCUUACUGUGGACACGGCUGCGAUACGAUAUUGGGGAAUACCUGGUGGAGAGACAGGCUGAUGGAUUCCCUGUCCUCCACUUUUACCAUCGGCAGUUCAUAGAGGUGGUGCACGAGAUGUAUCUCCCGACAGAGGAGAAAAUCAAACGUCACUCAGUCCUGGCUGAUUUCUUCAAGGGCACAUGGAGCCAAGGGAAAAGAAAGAGCAUCACACUCCCACAGCUCAAUGAGACACUCCUUGCAGACAGAAAGGUCACUGCGCAACCUCUGAAAUUUGGGGAUGAUGUCAUGAACUUACGAAAACUGAGUGAGCUGCCGUACCACUUGGUUAAUGCUGGUCGCAUUGAUGAGCUGAAACAGGAGGUUCUGGGGAAUAUAGAAUGGAUCGUUUGCAAAGUGCAAGCCACAGGAAUGAAGAGUUUGUUGGAAGAUUUUUAUGCUUGCACCAGGAAAGUUGAUUGUCCUGACGUGCAACUUGUUCAAGAUGCACUGUUACUCAUCUGGCCAACAGUAAACUUCAUGGAGAAUGAUAUAGAUCACCGUGUUCUAUACCUGGAGGUCUUGGCUCGCCUUGAUUUCUUCAAGGGCUCUUACCCAAUGAUCGAUGAGCUGUGCCAGCAGUGCAGGAAUUGGUGUGCACUGUGCCCUGACCCCACCUUUACUCCACUGUGCGGCUUCUUCCAGCCUCCGGGUGGCCCACUCUGUACAACACUCACUGGUUUCAGGAAAGGUAUCAGUGCAAUGGAGCUGAGCACUGACUGCACAGUGCUGAUGGCAGGUUCACUAGAUGGACUGAUGAUUGUAUGGAACCUGCAGGAUAUUGAAAUGAUCCACACUAUGACAGGUCAUUUUGCUGAGGUACGGUGCAUUAAAGUGAUUCGCAACAGCACCCGAGCUGUGUCAGGUUCAUUUGACCAUACACUGCGUCUGUGGAAUCUAGUCACCGGAAAAGAGAUCUACUUGAUCCAAGAAGACCACUCUGGCUAUGAACACUUUGCAUUGCUCCAGGUGGAUGAAGCGACUGAUGUGAUCUACUCUGUCUCAGGCCACCAGAUUAAGGGUCGACGCCUAGAAAACGGUGAACUUCUGUUUCAAUUAACUGGCGGUAACCUGGACAACACAACAUGCACAGCGGUGAUGGGCUCCAACAACCCACUCCUGACCAUGUCUAUUGGAGCCACACUGUGUGUGUGGGAUCAAGUCUGCGGCACCUUACAGAACACUCACCAUCUCGCUGGGCUAAGUACCUCAAAGCUGACGUGCAUCCUUCCAUUGAGACGUCAGAACAAAAUAGCAGUAGGAUUCAAUGAUGGAAUCGUGGCAAUGGUGUCUCUGGAUGGAACUUGCGUUACAGAGGAAGUCAACUUAUCGGUCACCUUCCUGAUCACGUCAGAAAGUGAGAAGUGGAUGGUGGCAGGGUUUGGGAAGUAUGCUCGGGUUUUCACGCUGGAUGCCAGUACGAUUCAGAAAGCCUCGGCAGUGGACUUGGAGCACGGUGACAAGGUUCACACGGGUAUAAUCAGCAGAGAUGAGAGCUUGCUGGUCACAGGGUCCGCAGACGAGACUAUUCGGGUGUGGAGCUUGUCACCCAAUGUCAAGCUGGUGGACUCGAUGGAAGGAAUGGGAGUUCCCCUUACCUCUCUGUCACUAUCUGGGAACACCUUAAUAUCAGCAUCACGCAGUGCUUACUACCUUAAAAUCUGGAACCUGAGUUACGAUCGGCAGCACACCGCAGUUACGCCGUUCCAUAACCGCAGUACGAUCACUGGCUUGACACGGGAAGGCAACUCGGUGUGCUUCCCGAAAACAGGGGAGUCGAACAAAGUAGUCAUUUGGAAUGCUGAAGAAGGUGUGGCACUCGGCAGCGUGGGCCUGGACACCGAGCUCUGCUGCCUGGCGGUGGCACAGCGGAGGAAGGCGCUGAUCUGCGGGCUGGCCUCGGGCUGUCUGGCCGUUUUCUGCACCAGGACAUUGCGGGAGCUGGAGCGCCGACCCCCGCCCGGGCCCUGCGGCGCCGUCCGCUGCGCCGCCCUCAGCAGCGGCGAGGAGAGGCUGGCGACGGCCGGCGGCAGCGGCCUGGUGUCGGUGUAUGCGCUGGGCCUGGCCGAGGCUGGGCCGCUGCUGGGCGAGUUGCUGCUAACCGUUGCUAGCCCCCCCGGCUCGGUCGCCUCCAGCGUCGUGAUCCUGUCGGACAGCAGCCUGUUGCUCGGUACCGACACCGGGAAGCUGCUGCUCCACACCGCCCGGUGCUCGACGCCCAUUGUCCUGGAACCUCACGACAGCCGGAUCACCUGCCUGGAGACCAGCCACAACGAGCUGUAUGUGUUCAGCGGAUGCCAGGGGCCCGUCCAGAGGCUGUGGAACCUGUCCAGGCGGCACUGGCAACACGAGAUGUCCUACAAGGGCGCAUUCUUUGAAGGGGUGGUCUGUGCUGCAUUCUCACAGGACGAUCGCCACAUCUACACCGGCUCCCAGGAUCGCAGCAUCAAAGUCUGGGACGUUCAGAACGGCUCUCUGCUGGCAGUACAGUACGUGUAUGCAGAGGUAACCAGGAUUCUGCCAACACCAGGCGGGAUGGUGGCCAGCACGAGACUGGGCUACCUCAUCCGAGAGAGCUUCACAUGCCCGCCCGUUGUUGAUCCGAGUUACAAAGUGCUCAGGGGCAUCAAGGCCAGCUGCUCUGUGAGAUCCAGGGAUGGUGGCAGGAAGACUCUGAGAAGCUCAGAGACCCCACAUCAGACCACGCCCUCUCGCACCUGCUCCUUGCUCUGAACGCGUGGGCACACUUCCUGCCGCUCAGCAAGUGACUCAUCCCCAAUGAAACGCCAGCAAUUAACAUGCUAUCAAAGGACACGCCUCAACGCACAGAGGCUGCUCACUUCUAUUAAUAGCAACCUCAUCAGAUUAAUUAGAUAACGCAAGAAAUUCUCCCCUCUCCAACUCUCCUGUAGGUGCUGACAUUCGCUCCCUCCUCCAAGUCUGCUGACUGUUCUUCCAUUAGAUCGCUCAUGAAGUGUGGGUGACAUUGCAGGUCAACAGUUGC